AUGCCCAUGAGUUGGGCAUAUAAAGAAAUUAAAGAAGAGUUUGACAGUGACGGCAGUGAAGAGUUAGGCUUUUGUCCGCAACCGGUAGUGAACAACGAACCUGAAUUGAAUCCCGAACAACUACAGGCAUUAGUGAAUCACACUUGGGGUAGCAGAGCUUCAAAUCGUAGAGGUAGAGCACUAGUGGACGCGAUGUACAUGCUAGACCUGGUUCUGUUGAACGACGGACUCAGGCCGACUUUUGACAACGACAGAGGCUCAUCAUAUAUCGACGUUAGCUUUGUUAGCAGAUCUAUAGCAGCGAAUGCCAAUUGGAAGGUCCUGGACGACGUUACGCUGAGUGACCAUGCGUUAAUUACCUUUAAGAUACAAUUAACGAGUGGGACGAAUAGACUGCUGAGGAGGCAAAUGGGUCGUGCUUGGGACACGAAAAGAAUUGACAAUGCAAUGCUAAAAUACACUAUUGACGAACUGGAGAAUCCAGUAGGUCAAGCGGAGACUAUGGUGGCGAAUCUGAACUUGCUACUGGAAAAAACAUGCGAUGCAACAAUGCCGCGAAGAAAAACCAGCCGCAAGAAUAAGCCCCCGGUAUACUGGUGGUGUGACACACUGGGGAAUAUGAGGGCAGAAUGCCACUCAGCGAGAAGAAGGGCGCAGCGGGCGAGAGGACGCGACAACCAUCCACAGCUGAUCGAACAGUACAAACUAGUCCGAGCUGCACUACAAAAAGAAAUAGCAAAAGCUAAGGCAGGAGCGUUUAAGGAGCUACUCACGAGCCUAGACGAGGACCCAUGGGGAAUGGCGUACAAGAUAGUCUAUAAAAGGAUCAAAGUAACAGGAGGGAAAGGACAAUUAGAGCCAGAAAUUAUGGCCAGAAUUGUCGAGGAGCUAUUCCCGAAGCAGACCACCCUCUGGCAACCAGCACAGAUAACGACUGGUGAGCAGUUCCCGAGGAUAACACCGGAGGAAGUAGUCUCGGCCGCUAAGAGGAUCAAGCCCUCCAGGGCCCCUGGGCUGGACGGAAUACCAGGAGGGGUGAUUAAAGCCAUAGCUGAAGCCAAGCCCGAGAUCUUUUGCAAUACAUUCCAACAAUGCAUUGCUGAGGGAAUGUUCCCUACACGCUGGAAGAACCAAAGACUGGUACUCAUCCCGAAAGGGAAAGGAGCCUCGACCAAUACUGCUGCAGGCGUUCCUCAAGGGUCGGUCCUUGGCCCGAUCCUGUGGAACAUAAUGUACAAUGGGAUAAUUAAAAUAACUAAACCAAGAGAUACAGAGCUACAUUGCUUCGCAGACGACGUGGCAAUCACUGCAGUUGCAAAAACGCUCCCUGAAUUGCAAACAAGCUGUAAUGACACCAUAAGGGCAGCUACAGGAUGGCUUAAGAGCGUAGGCCUCAAAAUUGCAGCACAAAAGACGGAGGUGGUACUGCUAAGCAGUAGGAAAGCGGUGGAGAAGCUGCAGAUAACAGUAGACGGUGUCCACUUGGAGUCGGCAAACUCAUUAAAAUACCUGGGAGUCCUAAUCGACCAUAGGCUUAGCUUUAGCGAGCAUAUGAAAUAUGCCAGCAGGAAAGCGGCUAUGGCAACCACGGUUCUGGCUAGGCUAAUGCCGAAUACGGGUGGUCCCAAGAUGCCGGCGAGGAGACUACUGGUAUCAGUAGCGAAGGCGACACUGCUAUACGCAGCUCCAAUCUGGAAGAGCGUAACAGAGAGAACAUCCUAUCUCAAAGAGGCACGAGCAGUAUACCGGACAAUGGCCCUAAGACUCAUCAGAGGGUUCAGGACCAUAUCCGAAGAUGCGGCACUUGUACUCCCUUGCAUUCCGCCCAUCGAUUUGGAGAUCAAGGCUCUGGCGGCAAUGCGCGAAGGGGUCAGUAAAACUAGCGCCAAUGAACGAUUGUUGGUGGACUGGCAGACCAGAUGGCAUGAGUCACAAAAGGGACGCUGGACACAAUAUCUAAUCCCGGACGUCGCAGCCUGGAUUAGAUGUAAGCAUAAGGAGCUGGACUACCACCUAGUACAGUUUCUUACGAACCACGGCUGCUUCCGUGGAUAUCUAGCGAGGUUCAAACACGUCGAUACCCCUCAAUGCGUGUACUGCGAGGACGAGGAAGAGACUGCAGAACACGUACUCUGCAAGUGCCACAGAUUCUCAGACGAGCGAGAGGAACUGACUAGAAUGACAGGCUCCCAAAUGAGACCGAGGGAACUGAUCAAGACUAUGAUGGCGGAUACAAACUCCUGGAAGGCGGGCCAUGGCAUUAUCAUUAAGAUAAUGAGACGAGUCCGUGCCGACGAGAUGACAAACCGAGAAGGCAGACAAUAAAAA